AUGUUCAUCCUCUUCACCUCACUUCCUCGGCAAAUUCAUAUUCGAUUCGCUAUCAAUUUCAUCUACACUGGCCGGAGAUGUUCCGAUGACUCUUCGUCAACGACGAAAAUGCGAGAAAUCCAGAACAAGAUACACUCAGAAUGUUGCAAGUUGUUGAAAUUCCUAGGGAGGAUGAAGGGAAAUUCAGAGAUUGGAGGGUUUGGGCUGUUUUUGAAGAUGGUUAGGAGGUUGGCAGGGUUUUCUUUUGGUAUGAAACAUGGACUGAGGCUUGGACAUAACCAGGUUGGAAUGGGGCAAUCUUGGAAGAUAGUGGCUUGA